AUGACUAUUAUUUUGGACGAUGUGGCAUGUCUUCUGCAUCUACCUGUUAGGGGUCAGUUUUAUACUCCUGUAUCAGUUUCUCAUGAACAAGCUGCGGAACUUGCAGCUGAGUUGUUAGGAGAGAAGUAUGACUUUGCAUUGCGAGAGACUGUAUUGCAGAGGGGUGGUUAUUUUUCGCAGCAGUGGUUAUAUGAGAGUUAUAUGAGGAAUGUCAAUUUCUACAGGAAACAUGACUGCGCAGCUAGGGCAUGGAUGUUGAUGUUGGUGGGAUGUACCAUUUUGGCCGAUAAGAGUUAUACACGUGUGGAUGCCAAAUGGCUACUUCUGUUUAGUGAUUUGUCUGCAGUUCAUACAUUUUUGUGGGCCAGUAUUGCAUUGUGUUGGAUUCACGAGUGUUUUCCUACCCUUGGUAGAAGGGCUGCGUCGGGACUUAAUUGUGAUGAUCUUGGCUUUCCUCGAGCUAUGCGGUGGAUGUAUAAGCAAGGGAAGACCAAGCUCUCCGAGUAUCGACCUAUAUUGGAUGCACUGACCCCUGAUGACAUAAUAUGGCGUCCGUUUGAGACUCACAGAGGUAACAUUCCUUUUGAUCUGAUUACUCUGUAUAGUGGUCAUCUGCGUGGAUCCACGGUAGUUUCUUACUUGCCCGAGAGGUGUAUUAGGCAGUUUGGAUUUGUACAGUAUAUACCACCACCACCACCUCUAGCUCCUGCCUAUUCUGAUAUUGAUAGCGACUAG